AUGUUUCCAAAUUCUUCUGUUCCUUCGAAAGAAACCGAGUAUUUAAAGGAUGACUCAACAAAAGUGGACAUUGAAGCAAUCAUGGACAACAUCAGCAUCGUCCUCUACACACUGACUGUCGUGCUUGGCAUCACAGGAAACUCUAUGGUGAUCUGGGUGGCUGGAUUCAAGCUCAAGAGGAAAGUUACCAAUGUGUGGCUGGUGAACCUGGCCGUAGCAGACCUGAUCUUCUGCGUCACACGAGUCUUCUCCCUCACCAAGAACCUCUUCUUCGACCACUGGCCCUUUGGCGUCUUCCUCUGCAAGUUCAACGGCUUCUUCAAAUACGCCAACAUGUUCUGCUCCGUCUUCCUGCUGGCUGUGAUCAGUCUGGACAGGAUGCUGUGUGUGUGGAGGCCAGUCUUCACGAAGAGACGCCGGACCUUGUGCGCUGCCAGGAUGGUGGCAGUGCUCGUCUGGAUCACAGCCAUCAUCUUCAGCACUCCCUACUUCAUCUACAGGCAAGUUUACAUGAAGAACAACAAGAGCAAAUGCUCCUUGGAAGUGAAGGAGGCGACGGAGGGAGAAAACGUAGCCAAAUAUGCUCUUUACUUCAUCCGCUUCCUGUGUGGCUUUGCCUUACCCUUCAUUGUCAUUCUUGUUUGUUAUAUCAUGGCUGGUUUUGGCAUUCGACGCACCCGCCUGUCAGGGAAGUCCCGCCCCCUGCGUAUACUGGCCUCACUGGUCAUUGCAUUCUUCCUGUGCUGGGCUCCUUAUCACUGUCUGCUGCUUGUGAAGAUGGUGGACAGCAAGAACGCUGUGUUGAAGAUCUGGCAUCCUUUGGCAACUGGUUUGGCCUACUUUAACAGCUGUGUUAACCCACUGUUGUAUUUCUUCAUGGGGCUGGAUGUGAGGGGGCACUUCAGGCAGAGUCUGAUGGGCAUUUACCGGAGAGCUCUGGCUGACGAUGUCGAAGGACAGACGAGUCAGUCAAAUGAUCACUCUUUGGAGGAAAGCACUGCAUCAAAAUACAGUUCUUCUGUGGUGGCAGGAAGAACUGUGAGAAACGAAGUUGGAUCACAGUGA